CAGUCACAUUUAGUCUGCUAUCGUUCACGAUGGCUUCCAACAGCACUAAAUUCAGUGGCUUGCUCCAGCGGCCAUACGAGCCAAUGUUCCUGCCAAAAUCAAACGGUCAACUGUACUAUGAGUUACCGGACAAUUUUCUCACCGACCGUUACCGGCCGAUCGGUUCGGCUCUUCAGAACCGGUUUGGCAUGAAUGUUCAAACGAGAAUUCCGCUGCCAAACAUUACGCCUCCAGACAUCAGCUUCGCACAGCGAGUUCCUCGCCGAGGAGGAUUUACCAUGUUCAACCCGGUGCAUCGUCAAGUUGCGGGUCAACUGAUACAGCUGUUCCUCGACCAAAGUGAUCCCGAUAGUCUCUGCGCGGUGGCAGCAUAUUGUAGGGAUCGUUUGAACGCACCGAUGUUUCAAUACGCGUUGACGGUGGCUUUGCAACACCGACGGGAUACAGCUGAUGUGCCGAUACCAAGUUUCCUUCAAACAUUUCCUGAUCGGUACGUUGAUCCAUCAGUGUUCCCGCAGAUGCAAGAAGAGGGACGAGUCGUUAAUCAAGGCAACAGGAUGGCCAUUGAUAUACCAAUGAACUACACUGCUUCGGACAGGGAAAUGGAACAACGGAUUGCAUACUGGCGUGAAGACAUUGGUGUGAACCUUCAUCACUGGCACUGGCACUUGGUCUAUCCUUCCGAAGGACCUGAUGCAGUUGUACGAAAGGAUCGUCGUGGAGAAUUAUUCUAUUAUCUACAUCAACAAACGAUUGCACGAUAUAAUUUGGAACGAUUUUGCAAUGGAAUGUCUGCGGUACGUCCUCUUGCGCAAUUACGUGAUCCAAUUCCAGAAGCUUACUAUCCGAAAAUAGUGCAGAGCUCAAUCAAUCGAUCGUAUCCAGGACGUGGCCGCAAUCUGGUGUUAAGGGACCUGAAUCGUGUUGAAGAUCAAGUGUUUGUAACGAUAGCUGAGAUGGAACUUUGGACUGGUAGAAUAUUCGAGGCAAUCGACGCUGGAUUCGCUACUUCCUCAAGUGGCGAGCGUAUUCCAUUGGACAAUAAAAAUGGUGUCGAUGUGCUCGGAAAUAUUCUUGAGCAAUCAUCUUUAUCCCCGAACGUCCCAUACUAUGGAAGACUGCACAUCGAAGGUCACAUGAUGCUCGGCUAUAUCCACGAUCCAGACAACUCAUUCCUCGAGGGAUUCGGAGUGGUCGGAGAUAAUACCACAUCUAUGCGCGACCCCGUUUUCUAUCGUUGGCAUAAGCACAUUGAUGACAUUUUUGAACGACACAAACGAAGAUUCAAACCGUACAACCAAAAUGAGCUCUCCUAUUCCGACAUCAAAAUAGAUGACAUAAACGUUCAACUAAACCGAACUGGAACAAAAAAUAAUAUUCUUCUCACUUUCUGGCAAAGGUCACAGAUAGAUCUUGGAACCGGAUUUGACUUUGGACCUGAUGGAAACAUAUUCGCGACCUUCACCCAUCUACAGCAUGCCCCAUUCUCAUACAGUAUCAAGGCCACAAAUAAUGGUAACGCAAUGAGACGCGGAACUGCGCGCAUAUUCAUGGGACCCAAAACCGACGAAACUGGCCGAAAUAUACCGUUCCGUGAGCAACGUCGCAUGAUGAUAGAAUUGGAUAAAUUCACUGUGAACUUGAAUCCAGGUCAGAAUACCAUCAUGCGCCGAUCGGAUCAGUCAAAUGUAACCAUUCCGUACGAGCGUACAUUCCGAAACGUUGCAGCAUCCAAUCAACCGAACAGCGCUGAAUUCAGGUUCUGCAAUUGCGGAUGGCCUUCACAUUUGCUACUCCCGAAAGGAACUCCUCAGGGACUCAAGUACGAUUUGUUUGUGAUGAUUUCUAACUUCAAUGACGAUGCGGUGAAUCAGAAUUUCGAUGACACUGUGGCUUGUGACGAUGCCCACUCGUUCUGUGGAUUACGUGACCGACUCUAUCCGGACGCUCGACCCAUGGGCUACCCAUUCGAUCGUCUUUUCGCUCCUUCAGUAUCGAGCCUCAAAAAUUUCGCGGAUUCCAACAGCAAUAUGGCUGUAAAGGAGAUUGAAGUUCGUUUUACCAACACCGUCAUUUCGAGAUAUCGAGCCCGAGCGAUCGCUCUCAGUUUUGUAUCGUUCACGAUGGCUUCCAACAGUACGAAGUUUUUCGGGUUGCUCCAGCGGCCAUACGAGCCGACAUUUUUGCCCAAAUCAGGUGGUCAGGUAUACUUCGAUCUUCCGGCGAAUUAUCUCACCGAUCGCUAUCGACCGCUUGGAGAGACGCUGCAGAAUCGAUUCGGGUCCAAUGUACCCACAAGGAUUCCACUGCCAAACAUACCUGCACCCGAUAUAAACUUUGCGCAAACCGUAUCUCGCCGGGGAGGAUUCUCUACGUUCAAUCGGGAGCAUAUGGAAGUUGCGGGUCGUCUGAUGGAAUUGUUUCUGAACCAAGCCGACACCGAUACUCUGUGUGGGGUUGCCGCGUACUGCAGAGAUCGUUUGAAUGGGCCGUUAUUCCAAUAUGCGCUAUCAGUGGCUUUGCAGCAUCGACAGGACACAACCGAUGUUCCGAUACCAAGCUUUUUGCAACUGUUCCCCGAUCGGUUCGUCGAUCCAUCGAUAUUCCCCCAGAUGCAGGAAGAGGGAAGAAUUGUUGCACAGGGUGACAGGAUGGCCGUCGACAUCCCGAUGAACUACACGGCCUCGGAAAGGGAACCCGAACAGCGGUUGGCAUAUUGGCGAGAAGAUAUCGGUGUGAAUCUUCACCACUGGCACUGGCAUUUGGUGUACCCUGCUGCUGGACCAGAUUCUGUGGUACGGAAGGAUCGACGUGGAGAAUUGUUCUACUACAUGCAUCGGCAGACGAUGGCACGGUAUAACAUAGAACGAUAUUGCAAUGGGCUUUCAAAGGUGCUACCGCUGGCUAAUUUGCGUGACCCAAUUCCGGAAGCAUAUUAUCCGAAGAUUAUUCGAAGUUCCAACAAUCGCUCUUACCCGGGCCGGGCACGAAAUCAGCUGCUGAGUGAUCUGAACCGCGUGGAAGAUCGAGUUAUGGUGACGAUCGCUGAUAUGGAGCUUUGGACUAGCAGAAUAUUCGAGGCAAUCGAUGCCGGUUUUGCGAUUUCAACUAAUGGUCAACGAGUACAACUGGAGAAUAGAAUAGGCAUUGACAUUGUUGGCAACAUGGUUGAAAAUACUACUCUUUCACCGAAUGUAAAUUACUACGGAAGGCUACAUAACGAAGGCCACAACAUGUUGGGUUACAUCCAUGACCCCGAUAACUCGUUCCUGGAAGGUUUUGGAGUUGUAGGAGACAACACCACUGCUAUGCGAGAUCCUGUGUUCUACCGUUGGCAUCAACAUAUUGAUAACAUUUUCGAAAGACAUAAGCGAAGGUUCAAACCAUACAACAAAGAGGAGCUCUCACAUCCCGACGUCGAAAUCGAUUCGUUCAGUGUACAGCUGAACAGGGCAGGCACCAAGAGUAACAUUCUCCUGACCUUCUGGCAGAGAUCUCAAGUGGACCUCGGUACUGGGCUCGAUUUUGGUCCUGAAGGAAAUGUUUUCGCUACAUUCACGCACAUACAACACGCACCGUUUACGUAUCGCAUCAACGUUAAAAAUGAAAGUAGUACCAAUAAGCGUGGAACGGUACGCAUAUUUUUGGGACCUAAGACGGACGAGAAAGGCAACACUAUUCCUUUCCGCGAGCAGCGUCUCUUGAUGGUAGAGAUGGAUAAAUUCACUGUGAACUUGAACCCGGGAGAUAACAAUAUUGUACGUCGUUCGGAACAGUCCAGCGUAACCAUUCCCUAUGAGCGCACAUUCCGCAACAUCGCACCAUCCAACCAGGCCACCAAUGCACAGUUCCGUUUCUGUAAUUGCGGAUGGCCCACACAUAUGUUGCUGCCGAAGGGAUCAUUGCAGGGAGUGGUUUACGAUUUAUUUGUAAUGAUCUCCAACUUUAACGACGACACAGUUAACCAGGACUUCGAUGAAAAUGUGGCAUGCAAUGAUUCCCAUUCCUACUGUGGAUUGCGAGACCGACUCUACCCGGAUGCGCGUAAUAUGGGCUUCCCGUUCGAUCGCGUUGCACAGCCUAGUGUUUCUGAUCUGGAAGACUUCGUGUAUCCUUACGGCAAUAUGGCUCGAGCUGAGGUACAAAUUCGUUUCACCAAUACCGUCAUCUCGAGAACCUAAGCGCAAACUUUCUUUAGCUGUUCCACUUAAAAACUGUAUAUUCGAUUCGAAAUUAUUCGUCAGAAAUUCACCAUUUUAUUCUCAGAAAUUC